GCCUGGGGCGGGCUCCCCUCAGCCCGGGGUCAGGGCGGCUGCUCUCUUCCCGCCCCGUGAGAUGCGUUCGCAGAGUGCCAGCGACAUCCUCCGGCCGGGAGAGUAACUCCUCGCUCCCGGCCUGAACCCUGCGUUACAUAGGAAACGCUGAAGGCAGCUUCUUGCUCUCCAGAAGCCGGCUUGCUCAGCUGCACGCUUCGCAACGCCGCCGCAGCCCUUCGUUCUGGAAAGAAUUCAUUCUGCGGGCUUCCAUUUCUGCAGGGGAAAGGCCAAGUACGUGUCAAUGGAGUCUCAGUAUCUGAAGAGAUGCCUGGGAAGUUGCUUGAAAAAGGGGCUGGCGGAGGUUGUAGAGCAUCGUCCGGCAGAUCCGAUAGAGUAUCUGGCACACUGGAUUUACAAUUACAGAAGAAUCUUAGAUGAAGAAAAAAAGAGAAUGUUGGAGAGGACUGAGCUGGAACAAGAGCGGGAGGCAGCCCUGGUAGAACUUGAAAUGUUAAAAAAAAUGAAGGAAGAAGAGCUAAUGAUCCAGCGGAAACUUGAAGAACAACGUCAGGGUCAGCUGCAACAAGAACAUGAGGAGUUGGAACCACAGAAUGAAGACGACGAAAUGCUGUUACAGGAGAAGGAUCAAGAGGAAAAUGAAAAGACGAUAGCUGAACUUACAGAUAGACCUGGAGCGCCUAAUUUGACCAGAGUUGAGGAGCUAGAUGAGAACGGACAGUUUGAGAGUAUACCAGAUCUCAUGGCAGAAUCAGAACAAGAAAGUUCCCAACUGAUCUGAAAGCAGUAAAUAUAUUUUCUACUCAUUACUUGCUGAUCCUGAAGUGUAAUGUCUUAAUUUAUAUAUUUUAUAAACUGAACUGAUUUACAUACCUGUUGUUUCUCUUUCUGUGCUUUCUUGGUGUUUGUAUAGUCUGUUAAUCCUGGCAUGUGACACUUCCUUUUUGUACUUAAACCAUUGCAGCUAGCACAGCUGACUCUGAGCAAUAAAACUGCAAUUGAAAUGAAAGUCAUAAAUAUAUUUUCUACUUAUUGCCCAUUGAUUCUUGAAGUGUAUCAAGAUUAUUUUGGAGUAGAGGCUGCAGUAUGAUAAUUUGGAUCAAUACUAAAAGAAUGAAAGAUUAUUGAAAACAAUUUUUCCAAGAAUUUGAAUGGUUUCUGCUAGAAAGAGGGAAUGCUGUAUAGAUUAGAAGAUGGAGAGUUCUGCAUAUCAAACUAGAUGCAAAAAUCAAAUCAGAAGAUUUUCCAAUUUUUCUGGAAGAGAUAAAUUAAACUCUAUGUGACUCAGUAGACAGAUGUACUAAAAGGUCUUGUCUGCCUUAGAAAUCAUGAGGUGCUCUUUGUAACGCUAGAUGUUUGCUGUAGGCUUUAUAAUAACCUGAUAUUAGGAGAGCUGCAAGUGUCUGCAUAUCAGUUUUGAUUAGUCAAGUCUUAAAAUAAUCUUUCCUGCAUGUGUCUUGAAUUUGCAAAUCAAUAAAUUACAUCUGCGUUGUCUUUACUAAAUGCCAUUAUUAGUUCUCAAAGCUUUACUUAAAAAAUUUGAAGAAUAUUUAGCUUGAUCCAUAAAAAGAAAUUUUAUAAUCCUUAAAGAUUGCAUUAAUUUUUAUAAGAACAAAUUUCUGUAAUCACUGGUGUCUUGGUACAGGUUGUCAAGAAUGUUCAGUGUCUGUUCACUGUAAAUGGAAAAGACACCAGCAUUAAGAAAUCCUACGCUUCUUGGCUAAACUGUGCCCUUGCAUCUCAGUGCCUUCUAAUAAUUCAGGUUAGUUGGGCAGUUAACAUUAAGUCAUUGCCAAUACAGUGUAAUGAAAAUACUCUUCAUUACCAAUAUAGGGCAUAGUUGGAGCAUUCACUGCAUUCUUCAGUUUUUGGAUGAAAGAGAUUUGGGGGGUAAUUUCACUUUAAUUUUUUUAUAUUAUAGCUAGCUUUAAGGGUUUUGCUAUCUUUGGCAAACUGUUAAAAACAUCUAUAUACCCAAUAGGCAAAGGUCAAUCAUGUAACAAAUAUUUUUCUGCUCUGAAGAACUUGUUCUGUUCAUGUAGCUCAUACUAAUCAUAAUCCUGUCAAUUUUUUAAAAGGUAAACACUAUUGAUUUCUAGCAUAGUAAUAUCUGAUUUUUCCCUUAAAAAUAUCCUGUUGCCCUCUUUAUUGCCUAAUUGCUUUUUUGGACAGUGUUAAUUGGCAAGCCUUAUAUAAGCAUCUUUAAAAUAAAAAGAGGAAGGUGUCGCUUUCCAGGUAUAAAUAAUUAGAAAUGUUUGUGUAACUUUUUAAGUAAUGAAAAAUGGACCUACUUCUGUGACUGGGGGGUCAGGCUUUGCUAUCUGCAUUUAUUCUGAAUCAAUAUAGGUUUGCAAUUUCUAUGACAGUCAGGAACCUUUUCUGUGGAAGGAAUAUGCCCUUACAGUUGAUAUUCCAGUAAACAGAUUUUAAAAUAGUAUCAUUUUAAGACACGACAGUUCUAAUUACACCUAUUAACACUGCGUGCACAGCAGCUUCUUGUUCCAGUCUCAAAGGGAUGGAGUAACUGGAUAAAUAGAUGGAGUUUCUCCUUUGAGCCAGUAUGUAUAACUGAAUCUUGUUAUUUAGAUUAAAAUGUUCAAAAAUAAACUUAUGUCCAUUUAUAUUUUAUGUCCAGUCGUGUUGACUAUGAAAAUUUCAGCCUUCAUACAGCCUCCAUAUAUAAUCAGGAAAUAUGUUCAAGUUAUAAGACAGAAUUUUAAAUCAUGCUAGUAAGUAACUGUAAUUACUACUUCCAACAUGUGGCUUUUAUUUUCCAUUUUCUCCUAACAUUUUUAUCUUUCUUUGAUUUUUGUUAUAUGUAUGUCCACUAGAGUGCAUCCUAAAUAAACACACUGCUGGCUCUGUCAGUUAUAACCCA